CUUUAUCUCCUGUAUAACGAUGUUAAUGACUUAAAAAAAAUUUCACUUUCCAGUUUGGAUACAUGUGAUCUGUUUUUAAACCUGGCAGUUGCCGUACUACAGUCAUGAAAAAAGAACUUGUACUGGAGACUAGAUAAGAUAGAGUCUUGUACCAUUUUGGAGAGACCUUGUGUAGGAGACAUCACUUGGCUGGAGUCUUAAAGUACAGCUUUGAAAAGAGACCUUGUGUUGGAGAUUGGGCUUGUUUGACUCUGUUUAUGAGAACUGGGUUGGCAUGAUGAUGUAUAUCAUCUGUUCAUUUGUUCAUAGAAUCGUGUCGUCAUCAAGCCGCAUGAUACACGUUUAGCGUAACACCUGCCGCUGAUUCAUAUGAAUAUUCACAUGAAAGUUAUAAAUCUUUUAUUCAAUGAAGGUCUUUAUAUUCCCUUAAAGCACAGGACGUUUAAUCUCGCAAAACAUAGUUGUGAUUCCGCUCAGUAACGUUGCCAAACGUUCAAUCGUACACGUCAACAUGUCAACCACUGUUGAAGACGUUCACCAUAUGACUGAAGAUUUAUUAAAAUGCUGGUCGUUAGCUGAAGUAGAGCAAGGCAAAGUGAAUCUACAAAGGCAGGAAAAAAUCUUGGAAGAUCGCAAAGUGUAUUUGGAAAAACAGAAAGACGAUGUAAUGAAUGUUGUUAAAGUAUUUCAAAACUGGUUGAAACAUCUACAAAAGAAAGUGGAGCGAAAUAAUCAAUUUGUACCGUAUCUCUGGUGCGUCAAAGAGUUUACUAGGACAAUUCUGAAAACACUUGGCGACCGGGAAGGAGAGUUCCACGCUCAAGUGAAAAGAAUGUACACCGAUAAUGUACCAGGAGUGACACUCGUUUGUGAGAAAUUGGAGGAAUUGAGGAGGCUGGUGACCAAAAUAGAUCAUGAUGAAGUGACAUACAAGCCGGGAUUCGUUGAAGAUAUGCAUCACAUUUUGGGAAGAUUGUUGGGAAUAACUGAGACUAUACUUAGCGUGUAUUUCUCAUAAAGCAGUCUAGUCAAAACUCGUUUAUAAUCUAUUGCAUUUUGUAUUAAUUUGUAAUGUAACACAUAAAUAUUUAAUGAUGAAAUUUUCAAGCAUUAUCCGAAUAAUAUUUCCACAUGACACUGACCACCAGCUUGACUAUUUUAAAGACAUUGGUUUACUCCAUUACAAUAAUAAAUGAAAACAUUCUAAAUAAAUCAACAUUAGGAGAAAAAAAUGUGUAAAAUAGAACGAAAUCAUCUUGUGAAGAAUUCGAUUCAUUAUAAUUAAUUGCUGAUA